CUAGCAGCCAGAUAUCUGGGAGUCUCUGCUCCUCCAUAAUACCCAGAAACGCCUCCCAUGAGCGCUCGUUGAGAACCGCAUCGAUGUUCCCUGACAAUGCCCAGGACGAAGAGACGCAAAAGGGCAAGAGGCUGGCUUUAUCGUUACAUGUUAGUCCCGGCGGAUCUGGAAAGACAACGACGGCAGGCAAGUCAACCAGCCACGGCAAUGGCCACCGAAGAGGAAGGCAGCCGUGCUACUCGAUGAAGCUGAUGAUGUGUUCCCGGAGAAACGCAACGGCACAAAAGGUCACAAGGCCAACCGAAACACCUUGUAGUGUAGUCGUGACGUCUCUCUAUACUUACCAACACCCUUCCCAGAAGCAUGUCGCGUACUUCUCAGGGAUCGUGUUCCUGACCAUCAGCGGCGUCCGGUCGUUCGAUGCCGCGAUGAAGUUUCGCAUAUACCUUGCGCUGACCUACGGCGACCCGACCUUGAGACUCGGCGGCAACUGUGGUUAAAGUAUCUCGAGGCGAUUCCGGAGAAGCGAGAUCGACGUGGCUACCAACAAGGAUAUUGAGAAGCUGCAUACAGAGAAGCUCAACGGUGAAGUGCUAUCGUAUGCUGUCGGC